AAAGUGUUAAAACACAGGCACUCAACCCGGCACCUCUUGGGCGUUUUCUUCACCCUUGAUCUUGUUGUCAAGAGCUUGCAAACAAACAGUUCAGGUUGUUGCCAAUGGCUGCUGAAAGAAAGAGAUUAUUCAUUACGAAUGGAAGCUUGUUGCAAGAGAAGUUAAUCUCCUCGAGUAAUGGUAGAUAUUAUCCCUUCCAUAACUUCUCAAUUGAAGAGCUUGAGAAAGCAACAAACAACUACGCUCCUCAUUGCUUUCUUAGCUAUAAUCUCCUUGGUACAUGGUACAAAGGUUCUCUUGAUGGCCGAGUUCUCUCUAUUUGCAUACCUCGCUAUCCAAAUGUUCACGCAUCACGUAAUCAGAAUAUUAAUGAGAUUGUGAAUGAUGUUGCAAUAGCAGCUCAGUUGAGUAGGCAGAGAAAUUUUUUGAGGCUUAUAGGAUGUUGUCUCGAGACCCCAGUUCCGCUUUUAGUUUAUGAAUCUGUCAAACGAGGAAAUGUCUCCGAGCAGAUUCAUGUCACUGGAGAGUUUCACUCUCAGCCUAUGACAUGGAAAUGCAGGUUAAAGAUUGCAAGGGAAAUCGCUCAUGCAGUGUCUUAUCUUCAUACGGCAUUCUCAAGACCUAUCGUUCAUAGAGGUAUAAAUCCCUUAAAUAUUUUCCUGGAUGAUUAUAAUGUUGCCAAAUUGUCAAAUUUCUCGCAAUCCUUGUACAUCUGUGAAGAUGAAAUAAUCAAGACUGACAGAAUCAUAGGGACGCUAGGAUAUCUGCCCCCUGAGUAUUUAGAACAUGGUGAAAUAACAGAGAAAUUCGAUGUGUACAGCUUUGGUACUCUACUACUUGAGCUUCUAACAGGGCGUCGGCCCUACAAUCUUAUUGCUAGAAGAGCAGGCUAUUUUCGUUUUUGGAUGAAUAGUAUGGAAGGUCAUUUUGCAGGGAAUUGCCUCAAAUAUCAUGUUAAAUGCCAUAGCAUUAAUGAGGUAGUGGACUAUAGAAUUCUUGCAGGAGGAGGGAUUAAUGAGCAACAACAAUGGCAAGCUGCAGUGGAGCUUGCUCUCAAAUGCCUGGAGACAAGUAAAGAUAAGAGACCGGCUAUGGAAGAAGUUACAAAAAUACUUUGGCAAAUUGAAAGGUCCCUGGCAACAUUCCCAGAAAGACAUAGCUCAGUCUAUGACGAUGGAAGGAUAUUUAUGGAGGAAAUGAUUGCUUCUUAUGAGGGCAGGUGCCAUGUUCUCCAAAGUUUCUCUGGCGAAGAGCUAAAAAAGAUGACAAACAAUUAUCAUCCUGAUUACAUUUUGUGCUGUAGCAACAUUGGCAUAUGGUACAAAGGUAAUACAGAAAAUGGAAAUAUAUCCAUAUACAAGAUUAGUAAUGUGAAUUGGUGUGAGCAUGUCAAGAAUGAAUUCAAGUUUGCUGCAGAUUUGAGUUCUCAUAAGAAUGUCUUGAAACUCUUAGGAUACUGCCUUGAGACCUCAAUUCCAACUCUAGUUUAUGAAUCCACGGGGAAUGGAACACUUUUUGAUGAAAUUCACUUCCAUCCUGCACCUUUUUCUUUUCACAGUAGGUUAGUAAUAGCAAGACAGAUAGCUGAUCUAGUUGCAUAUCUCCACACGGAACUCUCUAUACCCAUUAUCAGCAAGAACAUAAAAUCUGCAAAUAUUUUCCUGGAUAAACAUCAUAUUCCCAAGCUUUCCAAUUUUUCACAAUCUGUUCAAAUCAUUGACGGUGAAGCAUUCCCAACAAAUCAAAUUGAGGGGACCAAGGGAUAUAUUUCCCCUGAGUAUAUAACUGAAGGUAUAGUCACUCAGGAAUUUGAUGUAUACAACUUCGGUGUGCUUCUGUUUGAGCUUUUGAUAGGAUUGAGACUCUUUGAUCUAUUUCAUUUGGUUGAUAAGGAAGGUGGAUUAUUAUUGGAUCACCUUCAAAAUUUUGUUAAAUGGCAUAGCAUUAAUGAGGUUGUGGAUCCCAAGAUUCCAAAAAACGAAGAAGGGCACGAUGAGCAGCAGAAGUGGAAGGUUGUGUUAGAGCUGGCAUUCAGAUGCAUGGUGACUGCAAAGGAGGAAAGGCCAAAGAUGGUAGAAGUUGCAACUGAACUCAACAAACUUUAGAGGUCAUUCAAUUCAGUACUGUCACAGCAAGAGAGACAUUAGCCUCAGAGUGCGGAAAGCUGUAAAUGGAGGAGUUGAUUGCUUCCUACUAUAAGGGGCAUAACUAUCCAUGGCUUAUCUGCAGAAGAGGAUGGUGACAAACAGUUAUGAUCCUUACAGUUUCUGUUGAAGCAACAUUGGCAUGUGGUGCAAAGUUAAUAUGGGAAACACAAUCGUUACUCUCUGCAAGAUUAAUAGUAUAAUUGGAGUAAGCAUGUCAGGAAUGAAUGUAAGAUUGCUGGCAAGUUGGUUGCUCAAACAGUUUUGGCUUGAGUAUUAAUUUCCAGCUCUGCUAUAUGAAUAUGCCGAGAAUGGAACAUUCUCUGAACAGAAUCACUUCCUUUCAGUAACUUUGCCUCUGUAUAGAAGGCCGAAGAAUGUGAAACAAGUAGCAGAUGAACUUGAGAAUCUCAACGCUGCAUCUCUGGACCUCAAAUAUUAUAUUUGAAGGUGAGACAGUUACCUUUGAAAAGCAAAAGCGUUUAGAGCUUGCAUAAAAAUGAAUGGAGACAACAGAGGAAAAGGUCAACCAUGGUUGAAGUCGCAGAACUUCAACCAAUCUUCAACAUUGAUUCAUACUAAGUUAAAAGCCACUUAAAAACUGGUCAGGCAUAAAUGUUUGGGAGAAUUAUAGGUUAUCUCCUAUAUCUCACAAAGCAUUGCUAGCUUAGCUAACUUUCAAAAUGAAACUCCUUUUCCACUCAUGCUAUUUUCCUACCCCAGUCUCUCUGGGAGAGCUAAAAAAGGGAGCGCCUUCACCCCCUGCCAAUAAAAGCUGUAUUUAUAAACAAGAGCUACAGUCUAUUAAACCAAGAGGAUUGUGAACUUGGGGCUCUUUGCGGGAGGUGUGGUAGUCACAAAGACGGGGCAGGGACUUCCAUCCUAUGCUCUUUUUAGAGGCCUUUUUUUUUCUUUGUUUUCUGGGUUUUUUUUUUUUGGCAGACCUAAAAGCUAGGUAAGAGAACUUUGCAAGCCUUUCAGCUUGAUUAGGCAAAUCUCGCAGUAAGCAUUGAUUAUAUUAACAUGA